AUGGCGAUAACUCGCUUCUGGUGCAUAUUCGAACUGAUUUCACAACAAUACGUUGUUCAUGGAAUACUAGGAGGCCAUAGAAUCAGGAUAGAGGACGCUCCGUUCCAGGUGAACUACGGAGACAUCUGCGGGGGGGUGAUGAUCCAUGCAGUGUGGGCGAUGACGUCAGCACACUGUGGUACAGAAGAAAACUACAUCAGGGUUGGCAGCAGACAUCGUUUCAAUGGAUUAAAAAUCAAGAUUCUCUCCCACCAAAGUCAUCCAAACUUCAAGCAGAAUCACGAGUACGACUACGACGUUCAGUUGCUGAGAUUGUAUGGAAAUGUUAACUUUAAUAGGAAAGUCAAAGCUAUAGAUAUUGGAAGUGAACAUGGUAGACAUAUUUUGGUGGCGGGAUGGGGGUAUCCGAGGGAAAAAUCAGACUACACAGACGUCUUACACCAAGUCAAGCUCUACCGAGUGCAAAUGAGCAGGUGUCAGAAGGUGGACAAGAAGUGGUACAACCACACCCUGACUGCUAGGAUGUUCUGCGCUGGAGGGAUGGGCAGGGAUGCUUGUCAGGGAGACAGUGGAGGAGCAGCAGUGUCUCGGGGCCGGGUGGUGGGAAUCUCGUCCUUCGGCUAUGGCUGCGGCCGGUACAAUAUUCCAGGCGUUUAUAUCAAUAUAUCGGAAGAAAAUAUACGGGAAUGGAUUAGAGGGUAUACAGGAGUUUAA